GUCAGAGAGAAGGCGGGGAGCAAAGGUUCGGUGCUCUCCUCUCCUCUGCAGUCAGCCGCGGUUCAGCAGCUUAGGUGGCAGGAUGACGGUGGGCGCCAAGCUCCGAGGGAAGGGGGAAGGCAGAUACCUGCGCCGGUUCCCGAGGCGGGAGCAAGAGGAGGAGGCCUAUAUUCUUCAGCACCCGCAGUUAGAACAGGAGGAAGGAGAGGAGCCCGAGGGGCAAGAGGAGCAGCUGCCGCGCCAGGAGCCCCAGGGUGAGGCGAAGGGGAAUAAGGCAGCCCACUCCAAGAAAGUUCACUUUGCCUUUCUCCCGGAGAGAUACGAGCCCCUGGAGGAACAGACAGCCGGAGAAAAGCCCAAAAAGAAAUAUCGGAAGAAACUCAAGAAGUAUGGCAAGAAUGUUGGGAAAGUGAUCACCAAAGGAUGCCGCUACUUUGUCAUUGGUUUGCAAGGACUCGCCACAGCUUACUCAUCACCCUUUGUGGCAUCAGCCACCGUCCUUACCUUGGUUCGCUAACGGAAGUCAGCUUCUAGUGUCCUGUGAGAGAACAUUGAUGCUGCUACCCUGGGAACACAAUGAAGCAAGCAUCACGGACUUUGACCCAGAAACUACUUGUGACUGGAAAGAAAAAAGUACUGUCUUUUCUUGCAGAGGCUGAUGAGUGUUGUUAGAGUCAGCCCCCUUCCCUGCUUUCUGGCGCUUUUCAUCUUUGGGAUCAUUUACCAUCAAUAGAAUCCUGGUCAAAGGGAAGCCUGUUCAAUGAAAUAUUAGGCCAAAAGCAUGAGUUGAGGUUUCUCAACUCAAGAUUCUCAGUUAUAGAGAAAUUUAUUUACUAAAUCCUGAGUCUGUGGCUCAGCAGCCUGAAGGAGAACCCUGACCAAGGCAGACUCCAGGUGGGUGGACUUAAUGGGAAGGAGGCUCCCGGUGAAUUAAAAUCGGGAGAAAUUUUGGCAAAGGACUGGAAUCUUGAGUUGAUAUACAGCUUACACAGAGUACCUCAAAUCCUGUUGUCCCUGAAGGUCCUAUGCAAUGUGUCCCCCACCACCACCCUCAUUUGGAGGACACACUUCUUUUGUCUUCUGUUGUUUUUUUAAUUACCGAAAGCUUCAUUAACAUUGUGAGAAAAGUUGGAGGGGACCAUGGAUGUUGAAGAUUGAGAUAUCUUGAAAGCAGCAUCAAUGAAUUUGAAAUUAUUGUUCAAAUUUAAGAAAUGCCUAUGAUAGGGGGCAGCUAGGUGACGCAGUGCAUAGAGCACCAGCCCUGGAGUCAGGAGGACCUGAGUUCAAAUCCAACCCCAGACACUUAACACUUACUAGCUGUGUGACCCUGGGCAAGUCACUUAACCCCAAUUGCCUCACCAAAAAGAAAAAAAAAAGAAAUGCCUAUGAUAGUCUGAGGUUAUCUUUUUGUCUUGAAAGAGCUAUUGGCAGUAAAGGAAUGAGUAAAGGUGAGAUGGAAACAAAGCCCAUGGAUUUCUGGAAAGUCACUUGUUGUUUGACUAUCUCCUUGUUUAAUCUGAGGGUCUGCUCAGGACAAGUUACCUGUCUAGCCCAACCAGUUUAAGGUUGGUCAGGCCUCAAUAGGAACAGCUCUAUUUGUCUCAUGUGAUUAUUACAGAUAAAAUGCCCUACAGGGAUGCUCAAUCUUUUAGUAAUCCACCAUUUCUACUUGAAAUCUCUUUUUUAUUCCCUUUUGAAGGAAGAGGAGUACAAGUUAAAGACUGAGUUGGUUUGGGUUGGGAACAGGUUGGGCUGGGUUGGGGCAGGACAGUUAAAACAAGGGGAUACAGGCUUUCCAUUCCUGAAAUGGGUGAAUUGAAGAAAGUAACAAGAAAGUAGAGGAGAACAACAGAGAUGUAGAGACAGAGACGGAGAGAGGGGGAGAGAGAGAAAGAGAGAGAGAGAGAGAGAAGAGAAGAGAAGAGAAGAAGAAAGCAAAGGAGAGGAGAGAAGAAAAUAAGAGAGAUAAUAGAAAAGUGAAAGAAAGUAAUGAGAUCGAUGGGAAAAAAGAAAGUUAGAAGUAGAGAGUUUGGCUUUAUUAUUAGUAAUCAGAAUUUAGAAUCCUUGAAGUAAGGUAGCAGAAAAGUGAUAUUACCAGUUGUACUUUUUAAAAAUAAACAAAACCAACCCCCCUAAACCUGAAUUAGACAUACACACAAACACACACAAAGUUAGUACUUAAAAAGCUGUGACAUUUUAGUUUGAUUUUAUCUAUGUAACCAUCUUGGUAUGAGGACACUAUCUGAUAUGCCAUGGGCCUCACACCUGUCCAGGAAUAACUUCUUGGUAGCAAUUUGACUAAAAAUACAGGAAUGUUACAAAAUAAUUUUUUAAAAAUUUCACCCAUACCCAGGUGGGCCUCUUGAACACAAGAUGGAGGCCUCUACUUUCAGGUUUUUCUGAUCAAUUCCAACUUAAUGUCAGCCUUAAUGAGAGGAAGAAGUGGGUAAAAAAAGAAGAGGACAAUGAGAAAGGAAAGGAGAGGAGAGCUUGAUUGCAGUGUUGCUAGAAUUUUCAAAUUCUGAAGCCUUAAUAUUAACAUAUUCAUUUUUAAAACAAGUUUGGUCUGAAUACCUAUGCUGCCAAUAUUUGCAAUGUGAAACCAACAUCGAAGAUAUUGCUAGAUGAUUAAAUUUUAGCCAAAAUGAUGAAAGGAAACUAAUACAUGUCACUAUUUUUCAUACCAAGAAGAUAAUUAUAGAGUUCCUACCAGUCUUGCUUCUUUUCAAACUCAUCCCUUUUCCUUUUUUUUUUUUUUUAAUUUUUUUAAUCUGUUAAUGAAAUAGGUUUAGAGAUAGAGGUCAGUCAAGAACUUAAAGUGUCUACUAUAUGCAGGAGAAUAAACUUAGAAGAAUGUAAAUUUGGGAAGAGAGAUCAAGGUUAUUUGUGAUGUCAUUCACUGGUGUAGAGUUGACAGCGGCCACCUUCAAGCUGACAAAGGCUUCUUAUAGGAGAGGGCCUUACCCCUAAGUAGAAUAGCUUAUUCCUUUGGGGCACUAGGGUGCCUAGAGUGUAUUCCCUUUCCCUGAUGCUUUUUGGGUAUAACCAUUCCUAACAGAAGUAAAUGAAGAAAGGUCAGGCAAGAUCUGGCCCUGGCAACUGGAAAGCCUGGUUAAGAAUUAACUUGAAUUUUGAAAGUCAAACUAACCUAGUUUUGUCCUCACAAAUAAAUUCAUUUUGAAAGUAGAAACUGUUGCUCUCUGUUAGCCACAAUGAUUUCUUUGAGGUCAAAGCACUGAUGUAUUUCCCUUCCUCAUUUUCAUUGGAAUUAGCGAAUUGAGUCAUUGAUCCCUUUUUUCUACUUUUCUCCAACCACUUGGGAUAGACUUCUGGAAAUCUAUCACUUGUUCAUGAAAGACACAAGGAAAUUUGUUUCUUUUCUAAUCCUACAAUGUAAAUAAAAUUCAGAUUUGUUUAAUGAA